UUAAGUAAUCCCCCAUCGGCUCGAUGCCAUUGUGAAGCCUUGAAGUCAAGAACUCGAUCUCUUAAUGAGGAGACUUGAUGCGAAUAAUGGACCUCGUCACUGGGAAAAGCUGUCAGCUGCUACGAGCCAGCUCAACAUUUACCAGUGCAGGAGAAUCUGUUGUCAUUCCUGCUGUGCAGGGACCAGAAGAGGAACUGACUUCACUAUCAGCCAAUCAUCCAGAACGAGGUGACGUUGCCAUAUCACAAGCUGGCAUAGGCAUGUCACAAGGUGACAUGGCCGUCACACACGGUGACAUGGAUGUCUCACAAGAUGACAUGGAUGUCCCACAAGAUGACAUACACGUCUCACAAAGUGACAUGGCCGUGUCACAAGGUGUCAUAGACAUUUCACAAGGUGACAUAGACGUCUCACAACGUGACAUGGUUGUGUCACAAGAUGACAUAGGCGUAUCACAAGGGGACAUACACGUCUCACAACGUGACAUGGCCGUGUCACAAGGUGACAUAGACGUCUCACAACGUGACAUGGUCGUGUCACAAGAUGACAUAGGCGUAUCACAAGGGGACAUACACGUCUCACAAGGUGAUAUGACUGUGUCACAAGGUGUCAUAGACAUUUCACAAGGUGACAUAGACGUCUCACAACGUGACAUGGUCGUGUCACAAGAUGACAUAGGCGCAUUACAAGGGGACAUACACGUCUCACAAGGUGAUAUGGCCGUGUCACAAGGUGACAUACACGUCACACAAGGUGACAUGGUCGUGUCACAAGGUUACAUAGCUGUAAAGCAAGCAAGCGAUGUCUCCUGA